UUUAUAACAAAAAAAAAAAAAAAAAACACUUAUAUAUAUAUAGAGGGAAGGUCUUCACAGUCAGACACUCAGCAUUCAAGUUGUAUUUACACAGAGAAUUCGUUUGGCAAAGACAGAGAAAGUGCACCUUUUUAAAAAAUUUAUCGAGGUGGAGGCUUUUUUUCUGAGACAUUGAAUAGUUUUAUUUUAUGGGUUUGUCACUAUCCUUGCUCUCAUCAGCCUGGAAAGAAGUUGUGAAACAAAAGUUUUUCAGUUUUGUCUACAACAUCAAUUUGACUUCUAAAAAACAACAGAUGACCUUGAGAACUGAUAGCUUUAAGAAAACAGAUUCAGAAACCAUUGCCAAGUCAAAUGUGGCUGAUAAGAGAAGUAAUGCAAAUUCAAUAAACUUGCAUUGCGAACCCAUCAGAGUGAUGCUCCAAACAACUCUUUCAUUCAAGAAUCUAGUUCAAGACAUAAAAGUUUCGCAUUCGGAUUAUGUGGAUAAAAGUAAUGAUGGGUUGAUUCUUAAAUCAGUGCCCACAAAUUUACUUCCUGAGCCGGCAAUAUUGUUUUCGCCAAGACCGGUUUGUGAGCUCGAUGCUGCUGCAGUUAAGCUUCAGAAGGUCUAUAAGAGCUACAGGACUCGAAGAAACCUUGCAGAUUGUGCUGUUGUGGUUGAGGAGCUCUGGUGGAAAGCAUUAGAUUUUGCAGCUCUAAAGCGGACCUCUGUAUCGUUUUUCAACGAUGAGAAACCGGAAACUGCUGUUUCAAGGUGGGCUAGGGCAAGGACGAUGGCUGCUAGGGUCGGGAAAGGGUUGUCCAAGGAUGAGAAGGCUCAAAAACUAGCCCUACAACACUGGCUUGAAGCUAUUGAUCCACGCCAUCGAUAUGGGCACAAUUUACACUUGUAUUAUGAUGUUUGGUUCAAAAGCGAAAGCAGUCAACCUUUCUUUUACUGGUUGGACAUUGGUGAUGGGAAAGAAUUAAAUCUUGCGAAAUGCCCAAGGAUCAAUUUACAGCGACAAUGCAUCAAAUAUCUAGGACCUAAAGAAAGGGAAACAUAUGAAGUAAUUGUUGAAAAUGGGAAGCUUAUGUACCGAGAAAGUGGUGUGUUGGUGGAAACCGUAGAGGGUUCUAAGUGGAUAUUUGUCUUAAGCACAUCGAGGAAUUUGUAUGUGGGACAGAAGAAGAAAGGUACAUUUCAGCAUUCAAGUUUUCUGUCCGGUGGAGCCACAACAGCGGCUGGAAGAUUAGUUGCUCAUGGUGGAGUUCUUGAGGCUAUAUGGCCAUACAGUGGCCACUAUCACCCAACAGAAGAGAACUUCAGGGAAUUCAUUAGCUUCCUCGAAGAACACCACGUAGAUCUCACAAAUGUCAAGAGGUGUGCAAUUGAUGAUGAUAUGCCUUCAUUUAAGGUCUCUGAUGAGGAAUCACAGGCGGAGACAAUAACAAAUGUCGUCACAACUGCAAGAUCAGAAGAUACAACUGCAUCUAAUGUAGAUGGUCCAACCAAGGAAACAAUAAUUGCAACUGAUCGUCAAGAAGAUAUGGGCACUGAUAAUGCUAAUGUGGUGGCACCAGAGUUUAACUUAGCCAAACGCCUAUCAUGCAAGUGGACUACAGGAACUGGACCGCGCAUUGGUUGUGUCCGGGACUACCCACCAGAGCUACAAUCCCGAGCACUUGAACAAGUUAACUUGUCGCCUAGGACUGCUCCUGCACCCUUUGGCAACUAUGGUCCAAUCCCUUCUCCGCGUCCCAGCCCAAAGGUCCGGAUCUCUCCCAGGCUUGCAUACAUGGGACUCCCUAGUCCUAGAACUCCUAUUCCUGCUAACUAAACCAAUUCACCAAAUGAUAAUGGCUUCUGACUUGGGUAGGUUGUGCCACAAAUGGAUCAACAUAAGGCAGUUCUGGUGCCCUAACAUGGGCUUUUGUAGCAAUUAGGGGGAUAAUGGAGGAGCUAACUCGAUUUCUUCAUUUUUUUUUUUUCAUUUUUCAUUUUUUUUUGGGUUUUACAUCAAAAUCCAUUUGAAUCAAAUUGUACCCGUUUUGGCUCCUUUUUUGUUGGAGAUAGGGUUUUAUUCAUUCUUUCUUGUUGACAGUUACAUACAAUAAUUUUUAAUGCAAUAAAAAUUCUUCAUUCUUUUUCCUGAGUA